UCAAAAAGCAGCCCAACCCAACUCUUUCUUGAACGCUCACCAGACUUUGCCAUCCUUCCUUCCCAAACUCCAACAGACUCCUCUGUUUUCUCGACUUCCCAGGCUGCUAUCAGGAUUCUGGAGUAUCAUUUAUCCAAAAAGCAAACAACAUUAGACCAUCUAUCAGAAUUAAGGCUGUCCCGAAUCGAGAACCGACAUGUGUUGUGGGGCCAGAAUUUGCAUGUUCUGCACAUGCCUGAUUUUGGCGGUGAUAGUCAUCGGAUUCUUGUUUGGAUUUGGAGUUUUCAAGCAUGGUUUUCACAAGUUGGAGGACACCCUGCAUGCCUGUGAUCCCGCUGCCGCCUCCUCAUGCGGCGGCUCCUCCAUGAAGAGGCCCUUCUUAGGCUUCAACGCCCCUCCUCCCUAUUAGAAUAGAAUAGGCUCUUUUCAUCGUCAUCUUCUCUUCUACCGUUACUUUGGAUUUGCAAGCUCAAUUUACUCGAGCAUUAUAGUGCUGCUGCUUUAUCCCCGCCCUGAUUCUUUUGUAUCGUCCUACUACUCUUUUAAGUUUGUGAUUUUUCUGUUCAACACUUGAUUCAUGAUUGGUUUUUUCUUGAAUCUCAUCUACGUUAAUCAGUAAAUUACAUUUGCAUUGUGGUU